AUGACUAGGAGUAAUACCAGUUUUGAUGAUUUAUAUGCAUAUGACCCUGUGAUAGAGAGAUCAUUGCAUGCUGCUAGUAGAGCUCGUAGGUUGACUUACAGUAGAGCUGUUCCUGAGCAUACCUUAGAGUCUGUUGAGUCUAUCGAGUCUGUUUGUUCGAGUCCUUUACAUAGUGUUUAUUCGUUUGGUCAUUUAUUUGAUUCUGAAAUCAUGGGUGAUAGAACACUUAAGCAAUUGGCUGCUCCUAAUGUUGAUAAUGAGCAGCCCUUGUGUAUUCGUUAUACUAAUCCUGUUGUACCUUUUGAGCUUAAGUCUGGACUAAUACACUUGCUGCCCAAGUUUCAUGGUCUUGCAGGUGAGGAUCCCCACAAACAUCUGAAGGAAUUUCAUAUAGUCUGCAGCACUAUGAAGCCAACAGGGGUGGAUGAGGAACAAAUCAAGCUGCGUGCUUUCCCUUUCUCUUUGGACAGUGGAGCUAAGGACUGGUUGUACUACCUGCCACCUUCCUCCAUUGUAAGCUGGAAUGACAUGGCCAGAUUGUUUCUGGAGAAAUUCUUCCCUUCAUCCAGGGCCAGUUCAAUCAGAAAGGAGAUCAGUGGCAUAAGGCAAGCUAAUGGCGAGAACAUGCAUGAGUAUUGGGAGCGAUUUAAAAGGCUUUGUUCAAGCUGCCCACACCAUCAAAUUCCAGACAAUCUCCUGCUUGUUUACUUCUAUGAAGGGCUGCUGCCUAUGGAUAGGAACCUUCUGCAUGCAGCUAGUGGAGGAGUCCUGAGCAAUAAAACACCUAAUGAGGCCAAGGAGCUGAUUGCUGAGAUAGCUGCUAAUGCUCAACAAUUUGGCACUAGAGCAAGCAGCAGUGCAGUGUUCCAAGUGCAAACUUCUCCAAUGCAAAAUCCAAUAGUGGCAGCAGCAGGAGCAUCAAGCACAGAUAACCAGAGAAUAGAGAACAGGCUUGAUGAGUUGACAUCAAUGGUGAGGCAGUUGGCAGUGACACAGACAGUGCAACCUUAUGCUCAACAGACAAACAACCCGUGUGGCAUCUGCUGUGAUCCUUCUCAUCCCACAGAUGCUUGUCCUUCCUUACAUGACAGCGGUUCCCAAGUUGACCAGUCUGUUGCUGCAGUUUUUCCUGAAAAUCCACAGCACCAGCACCAGCAGCAAAAUAAUCCAUUCUCCAACACUUACAAUCCUGGCUGGAAGAAUCAUCCCAACCUCAUAUGGAACCAGAAUCAGCAAAAUGUUCCAUAUCAGAGUCAACAAAAUUUACCAUUCCAGCAGAGGCAGCAGUUUACAGUUCCAAAUCCAAAGGGAACCGGCAAUGUUAGUGCCAUCUCUCUGCGGUCUGGCAAGCAACUGGAGGAACCAAACCAAUCUGUUGUUAAGUCAUCUCAAGGAGGUGACACUGGUUCAAGGAAGCAAAAUACUGAUACUUCUGAUGUCCAUAUCCCGUUACCUUUUCCUCAAAGAGCCACUCAGUCUAAAAAGCAAGCAGCAAAAGCUCAAGAUAAAGAGAUUCUUGACACCUUCAGAAAAGUAGAGGUCAAUAUCCCACUCUUAGAUGCGAUUCAGCAAAUUCCAAGAUAUGCUAAGUUUCUGAAGGAGUUAUGCACCAACAAGAGGAGGCUGAAAGGUGAUGAACGAGUCAGCGUCAGCCAGAAUGUGUCAGCACUCAUCCAGCCCAUGCCCAAGAAGCGCCAAGAUCUAGGGACAUUUACUAUCCCUUGCAUUAUUGGAAAUUCUAUUUUUCAUGAUUGUAUGUUAGACUUAGGAGCAUCCAUUAAUGUUAUGCCUGAAUCUGUGUAUAAGUCUCUUGGUCUUGGUCCCUUGCGUGCUACUGGUAUUGUUGUUCAGUUAGCCAACAAGAGUAGUGUUCAUCCUUCUGGUGUAGUUGAAGAUAUAUUAGUUAGGGUGAACAAUCUGAUUUUUCCUGCUGAUUUCUAUGUCUUAGGGAUGGAGGGUGAGAUUCCUAGUAGUACAAUUAUACUUGGUAGACCUUUCAUGAAAACUGCUAGGACUAAGAUAGAUGUGCAUGCUGCUUUGUGUUGUUCUGAUUUUAAUCAUGUAUUGAAUGAUGAUUUGCACAGUGGUUCUGCAUUGGUGUUGAAUUCUGAGUUGCCUGUUGAAAUUAUUGAAGGUUCUAUUUCUGAGAAUUUGAUUGCAGGCAUAGAUGUUAAUGUGUUUUCUACAGAACCUGCACCCACUAGACUUCUCCCAUCCACUGAGCAACCACUUAAGUUGGAAGUGAAGGAUCUACUUGACCAUCUGAAGUAUGCAUAUCUGGAGGAAAAUGAGCAGUUACCUGUGAUAGUGGCCAAGACCCUUCUACCUGAGUGGGAGGAAAAACUUCUGACAUUGCCGAUACAGGCCGACAUCAUUUAUCCCAUUUCAGAUAGCUAG